GCAAACAGUUUGGAGUUUAAGUACCAAAGUACCAUAUAACAGAUUAAUGUUUUGCCCAGGUUAACAAUGAAUGUGGAACAUGAAGUUGGUCUUCUGGUGGAAGAGAUACGCCGCCUUGGUUCUAGAGGGGAAGAUGGGAAGCUGAGCGUUAAGUUUGGUGUGUUGUUCGCAGAUGACAAGUGUGCCAACCUCUUUGAGGCUUUAGUAGGGACACUAAAAGCUGCCAAACGUAGGAAGAUCAUCACGUACCAAGGGGAACUACUUUUACAAGGUGUUCAUGAUAAUGUUGACAUUGUGCUACUCCAAGAUUAGUGUAAAGCUUUUCUUCCCACAGGGACCUCAGUGUCUCUUCCAGGUGAACCACAUGCAAAAUCCAAACGGGUUAUUUUUAUACUGGGUGUCUUUACUAGCAUUUGUUUUGCUUUAUUUUUGGAGAUACAUUUUAUAUUGUAAAAUGUUCAAAUGGGUAAUAAAGUCAGUCUGAUUAUUGAAAACAA